AUGGAUUUCUUGAGUUUUUGUAUGGUCCUCCUAACCAGUCUUUUCUUUGUGUUCUUGUUCUCAAUUCAAGCCCUCAGAAGCAAAGCCAACCCCAAAAGGCAUCUUCUUCCACCUGGACCAAAGCCACUUCCUUUCAUUGGCAAUCUCCUAGAGCUUGGAAACAAACCCCAUCUCGAUUUCACCAAGCUUUCUCAAAUCUAUGGCCCCAUUAUAACUCUGCAACUCGGCCAAGUUUCGUUGUAUUAUAAAUAUGACCUCCUACAAGGAGAAGAAUACACAGAAAAUUCCCACAAACAAAUAUUCUCUCAUAGUUUUCAUAUUUUAGCAUGGUAUCAGAGCGGCGAUCUUGGAAUUGCUGACUCUAGUUUCACACCCCCGCCACCGCUAUGGGGCCGAGUUGAGUGCCCAGAUGGCUCAGCUCCUACAGAUGCAGACUUUGGCCCCGAAUCUAAUCCUGAAUCAGGAUCCUCUUUUGACGACCCCGACCCUGACCCCGACUAUGACGACGACGAUGACCUCGACUCUGACUCCGACUCCGACAACGACCUCGACCCCCACUCCGAUGAUGACUCCGACCCGACCCCGACCCCGAAUUUGUCUUUGAUUCAGACCCCGAUCCCGACUUCGACUCCGACUCCGACCCCGACUCAGGCUCAGAUCCCGAUCCGAAUUCCUACUAAACCUGUAUCCUAUACAUCUUCCGCUGCACAGAUUAUGACUUCUCGACUAACGACCCCGACACAUGGACCAGAUUGCGAAUAUUGUGGUGAUCCAAGACACACUCGUGAGACUUGUUUUAAAUUGCAUGGCUAUCCCGAUUGGUGGGCUACUCUUAAAGAUCGAGGACAACGCAAUACGACCAGUAAUGGUACUGGUUAUGGAUUCCAUACUUCCGCUAAGAUUGAUUCCAAGAGUUGGAUAAUUGAUUCCGGUGCAACUGAUCAUAUGACGUUUGAUCCUGAUGAUUUUCUGAAUACUACACAACCUCGACGAACCUGUAUUGCAAAUGCCAAUGGUGUUACUUAUCCUGUGACAGGGGCUGGCACUGUUGCACUCUCAUCCUCUCUCACACUGUCUAAUACUUUACUUGUUCCAUCUUUAUCCACUAAAUUGUUGUCCGAUAUUCACACUAAGGAGAUUCUUGGUCGUGGUACUAAGAGAGGGGGGCUAUAUUAUGUCGAUGACUUCAGUCCUGGCAUGGCUAACAGUGUGACGCAUCCCUUUGAUAGCAAACAAAAGCAAAUCUGGUUGUGGCACCGUCGAUUGGGACAUCCGUCUUUUAGUUAUAUGAAGCAUCUUAUACCAGAUUUAUUCUCAGGUUUCAAGGACUCCGACUUCACAUGUGAUACUUGUAUUUUGGCCAAGAGUCACCGUGUGCCCUACCCGUUGAGUACGAACAAGUGUACUACUCCAUUUACGUUAAUUCACUCUGAUGUCUGGGGACCUUCACCUAUCACUGCUCCUUCUGGUGUUCGAUGGUUUGUCACGUUCAUAGAUGAUUGUACACGGAUGACAUGGCUUUAUUUGCUGAAGAAUAAAAACGAAGUGUUUUCCCGGUUUCAGUCCUUCCACAAACAGAUGAAAACUCAGUUUAAUGCUCAAAUCCAGAUUCUUCGCUCCGACAAUGGUGGAGAAUUUGUCAAUCAUGACUUUCAGACUUACUUCCAACAACAUGGAAUUAUCCAUGAGACGACUUGUCCUCAGACACCGCAACAAAAUGGUGUUGCUGAACGAAAGAAUCGACAUCUUCUUGAAACCGCUCGAGCACUUCUGAUUGGCGCUCAUGUUCCUCGCCAUCACUGGGAUGAUGCUAUUGUCACUGCAGUUCACCUAAUCAACCGCAUGCCUUCUGGUGUAUUGACCUUUAAAACUCCCUUACAGGUGCUUGCGCAACACAGACCUCUGCCCUCUGUUUUGGUACUCACACCCCGAAUCUUUGGAUGUGUGGCUUUCGUUCAUCUCCACAAAAAUCAACGUAGCAAACUUGAUCCCUGUGCGCUUCGUUGUGUUUUUGUGGGUUAUGCCACUCAUCAGAAAGGCUACCGUUGUUAUCACCCUCCUACCCGACGUACCUAUGUCACUUUGGAUGUGACCUUUCUGGAAUCUGAGCUGUUCUUCCAUGACCCAUCAUCCAAUUCUACGCUUCAGGGGGAGAUACGAAGUGAAGAGCAGAAUUGGAGCAACUUGGAAAACGAAGAAAUUCUCCUAUGUACAGAAAUGAUUGAUCAUCCUGAGUCUGGAGCACAAGAUUACUCUAUGCCGAAAAGCGACCAAUCGCCCAUUCAUAGCGAUCAAUUACCUGACCCACCUGAUCCAUACGAAGAUAUUUCUGAUCCGAGUCUCACACCUACAGACAAUACAGAACAACAAGAUGAAGACCCCCCCUCUAACUCAACAGUACCAACAGACCAAUCUCCUGAGAAUAUCCUUGAGGUAACUACUCCUACUAGACUUGUGCAUUUAGAGGAUAAAACUAUUGGAUAUCAAUUACCUUUCAGGCAAAAUCGUGGGAAGCCACCAAACCGCUAUUCACCUGAUAUUGGCAAAACAUCCAAGUAUCCAAUUGCAAAUCAUGUAUCCACUGAGAAGCUGUCUGAACCACUCAAGGCUUUUGUGCAUCAGUUGUCUGCUAUCCAUAUUCCAACCAAGGUCUCUGAAGCAUUGAAAGAUCCUAAGUGGGUCCAAGCUAUAAAAGAGGAGAUGAAAGCUCUUGAGAAAAAUCAGACUUGGACAUUGGAGACUAUACCACGAGGAAAAAAGACUAUCGGAUGUAGAUGGGUGUUUACUAUAAAACACAAUGCAGAUGGAUCUAUCGAGCGAUACAAGGCAAGACUUGUGGCAAAAGGGUACACACAGACCUAUGGUAUAGACUAUGAAGAAACCUUUGCUCCAGUUGCAAAGUUAAACACUGUCAGAGUCUUAUUGUCCCUUGCAGCUAAUUUGGAUUGGCCACUACACCAGUUUGAUGUAAAGAAUGCUUUUCUACAUGGCGAACUCACGGAGGAGGUGUACAUGGACAUUCCUCCUGGUUCUUCAAACACAGCCAAACAAGUCCUCCAAACCCAUGACCAAUUCUUGUCCAACCGAACCGUGCCAGAUGCAAUCCAAGCCAGUGACCUUCGCGGAGACAAGCCUGCCCUGGAUACCAACUUCAUCCAAAUGGAGAAGCCUUCGAAAAAUAUGCAACUCUCACUUGUUCGCCCCAAAAAUCCUCGACGCCAACCAACCCAAUCGCCGCAUGAAAGUGAGGCGGUAGAUAUUGGAAGGGCCGCUUUCAAAACGACGCUCAAUCUGCUGUCGCGUACUAUCUUCUCUGUGGAUUUGGCUGACGCAAGUAGCGAGAUAGCCAGAGAGUUCAAGGAGACUGUGUGGGGUUCGAUGGAAGAGGCAGGGAAGCCAAACUGGGCGGACUUUUCCCUGUUCUUAGGAAAAUUGACCCCCAGGGAAUUAGGCGGCGCAUGA